AUGACGAGAGAAGAAAAAAAAUGGAUUGAGCAAUUACGCAUGAACCCACCUAAACUUUUAGAUGAAAAUGAUUUAAGGCUAGUUUGUCAGAGAGUGAAAGAAAUAUUAGUAGAAGAAAACAAUGUUCAAGCUAUAAAUCCACCAGUUAUCAUUUGUGGAGACAUACAUGGGCAAUUUUUUGAUUUAUUAGAAUUAUUUGAUGUCGGAGGUGAUAUAAUGAACAAUGAUUAUAUUUUUUUAGGAGAUUAUGUAGACAGAGGAUAUAAUAGUGUAGAAACAUUUGAAUAUUUAUUAUUAUUAAAAUUAUUAUUCCCAAAAAAUAUUACAUUGUUAAGAGGAAAUCAUGAGAGCCGACAAAUUACAACAGUGUACGGUUUUUAUGAUGAAUGUUUUAAAAAAUAUGGUAAUGCAAAUGCAUGGAAAUAUUGUACAGAUAUAUUUGAUUAUUUAACAUUAGCUGCACUAGUAGACAAUCAAAUUUUUUGUGUUCAUGGAGGUCUUUCUCCAGAAAUAAAAUUAAUUGAUCAAUUAAGAUUAAUUAAUAGAGUCCAAGAAAUACCACAUGAAGGAGCUUUUGGGGAUAUCAUGUGGUCUGAUCCAGAUGAAGUUGAGGAUUGGGUAGCUAAUCCGAGGGGUGCUGGUUGGUUAUUUGGACCUAAAGUUACUAAAAAGUUUAAUUAUAUUAACAAUCUUGAACUAAUAGCUAGAGCACAUCAGCUAGCCAUGGAGGGUUAUCGUUAUAUGUUUGAUGACUCUACAAUUAUUACAGUAUGGUCAGCUCCAAAUUAUUGUUACCGAUGUGGAAACGUUGCAGCAAUUAUGAGAAUUGAUGAAAAUAUGAACAGGCAAAUGUUAAUAUUCAAGGAUACUCCUGACUCUAGAAACUCAAUUAAAAACAAGGCUACCAUUCCGUACUUUUUAUGA